AUGAAGGCUGUAUUCCUCACUGCUCUCGCCGCUCUGGCCACCUCUGCCAUCGCUGCCCCCGCUGGCAGCUUGUCCGACCUCACUCAGGUCACCAAGACUUUCUCCUCUUCCAGCUCUGCUGUCUCCAGCGGCGUUGUCGCCCCCUCUGCCGGUGCCAGCGGUCACGUCGUUCAGGAUCAGGGCAGAAAUGUCAAGCAAAUCCUCACCGUUACCGGACCCGAUGCUAAGCAGCUCCUCAUUGAGUUGAGCCCUGACGUUGCUGGCCUUCUCUCCAGCCUCGGCCUGCCGGGCGUCGGAGUUGCUGUUGGUAGCGUCGUUUCAUCUGCUUCUAGCGUCGGUGACCUGCUGACCGACCUUGCUCUGCCCCUUGAGGGUCUUCUCACCGUUGUCGGCCAGGAUGGCGGUGCUCUCCUUAUUCAGCUCGACCCCUCCGUCACCGCUCUAGUCUCUGGCCUUGGUCUGCCCGGCGUUGGUGUCCCUGUUGGAACCGUUGUCGGUACUUUGGGUCAAAACCUGAAGCGCUCCGAUGGUAAGAUCGUCGAGGACCUUGCCCCCAGGGUUCAGGACGUCCUUGAGGUCACCGGCCCUAAUGCCAAGCGCCUCCUUAUUCAACUCAGCCCCUCUGUUGCUUCUCUUGUCGUCAACCUCGGUCUCCCUGGCGUUGGAACCUCCGUCGGCAGCAUUGUUAAGACUGCUAGCAGCAUUGGUGACCUUGUCAAGGAUCUUGGUGCCCCUGUCGAGCAGCUCCUCACCGUCGUCGGCCAGGAUGGUUCUUAUCUCCUCAUUCAGCUGUCUCCCAACGUUGCCGGCCUUGUUGCCGGCCUCGGACUUCCUGGUGUCGGCACCUCAGUUGGCACUGUUGUUGCCACCCUCGGUGACAGUCUCUAAAUCGUGAGUAUCCCUCCUCCCCGUGAGAUGCUGAAAGAUUCAGGGAAUGACACUGACAAGCUCUUUUUCUCGAUUAUAGAACCAUACUCGGUGUGAAGACUGCGCCGUUUAUGAACCGUUUCCAGAUACCCUUUUUGAUUCGAUGUAGUCGGC